AUGAAUAAGGCACUAAAAAACAAGGCAGGCUCUUCAGGAAGCAAGUACAGAGACUGUUUGGACAAUAGGCUUGGAUUAAGCUUUCAUUCACAUCUGGCUGAGCUACAGAGAUUUCAAACCCAAGAGGAAAUUCAUGAAAGUAAUCAAGCUGAGAAGUCUACCAGAAAGACUUCAGUUUCACUUCAAAAAAUUCCUUCUAGUGUCAAAACCAACAUUUUUAAUAAAUAUGGGAAGGUUCUUAUGCAUCCUUCAUUAUGGACACACCACCAGAGAGUACUCAAUAGAGAAAAUCCUUACAGAUGUAAUGAGUAUAGGAAGGCUUUUAGCCAUUGUUCAACCUUAGCUACUCAUCAAAGAAUUCAUUCUGAGCAGAAACCUUACAAAAGUAACGAGUGUGGCAAAGCCUUUAAGAGGUUCUCAAACCAUACAAGGCAUCAGAGAAUCCAUACCGGAGAGAAAACAUAUAAAUGUAAUAUCUGUGGUAAAGAUUUUGCACGGUCACAUCUCUGGGGUCAUGAGCGAAUUCAUACAGGAGAGAAGCCUUACAAAUGUAAUGAGUGUGGCAAAGCCUUUUCUGAUGGUUCACACCUUUGUAUUCAUAAGAGAAUUCAUACUAGAGAGAAACCAUUUCGAUGUAAUGUAUGUGGUAAGAAUUUUAUGAUAUCUUCACAGCUUUGGGGUCAUGAGCGGAUUCAUACUGGAGAGAAGCCUUAUAAGUGUAGUGAGUGUGGCAAAGCGUUUUCUAGUGGUUCAAAUCUUGCUCAACAUAAGAGAAUCCAUUCUGGAGAGAAACCUUACAAAUGCAAUCACUGUGGUAAGGAUUUUACCACACGGUCAUACCUUUGGAGCCAUGAGAGAAUUCAUACUGGAGAGAAACCUUACAAAUGUAAUGAGUGUGGCAAAGCCUUUAUCAGGAGUUCAAAUCUUACUCAACAUAAUAGAGUGCAUGGUGGGGAGAAACCCUAUAAAUGUAAUGUAUGUGACAAGGCCUUUAGUCAGAAUGCUAGCCUCACUGUUUACCAAAGAAUUCAUACUGGGGAGAAACCUUAUAAAUGUCACGAAUGUGGCAAAGCCUUUAAGCACUACUCAAGCCUUUGGAGUCAUGAGAGAAUUCAUACCAGAGAGGAACCUUACAAAUGUCACGAAUAUGCCUGUGGUAAGGCUUUUGUUAAAUAUUCUCACCUUUGGAGUCAUAAGGGAAUUCAUACUGCAAAGAAACCUCACCAAAGAAUGUAG